AUGGGCCUAGAAGCGGAUGUCUGGCGCAACAAGCACACUGGAAAAUCCGAACACUACGAACUUCCCCAUGACAUCUGGAACCCACCUCCUGGGGCCCGAAAAUACGGCCUGCUCUUCUUUUGGAGAAUAUUAGCGUUCAAGCAUUUAAUAAUCGCGUCCUUAAUCAUUGGUGUUGGGCUACUUGGCGGUUUGAUAUUUUACCAUAUCGAACAUUACUCAGAGAUUGAGAAUGUUGCUGAGACGACGGCGUCCCUUGAAGCGCAAAUGCAACAGAUUGCUGAACAGCUGGUAAACCAGAAUAAUAUCACGACCCAGGCAGAAAUCGAGGAUUUCAUUAGGAAUGCCUAUAUCCUGUUGCAACGGAAUGAAGGCGUAUGGAAGCAAUCGACGUUUUACAAGAAUGCUACGGAGGAUAAUUUGACAUGGCUAUAUUGGCCAUCGGUGAAUUACGCAGUUCAAAUGUAUAUGACAACUGGUUAUGGUACCAUCACCGUGAACACAACUCGUGGCCGCAUCUUCACAAUCAUCUGGGCCUUCAUCAUGAUCCCGUUUUUAAUGGUACUGUGUCGUGAUCUUGGUCAAUGGUGGCUCGUUUGCAUGACUAAAAUCUACGCCCGCAUUUUGCUGCGCUAUAGAAAAGCCCGAGGAAUCCCGAUUAAUCCUAAGGAAGAGAUCACCCUACCAUUAAUCAUUAUCGUCAUUUAUACAUGGCUGAACAUCCUAUUUUGCGGGCUUCUGACUUGGGCCUACGAUGCAGCUUGGGGAGCCGCCUGGGGAGAACCGGGCAACCAUAAGCCGAUGGGCUACUGGGACGCUUGCUACUUUGUGUACGUUACGGUGUCGGCCAUGGGUAUGUCAGAUGAUGUGCCACGGAAUUCUACAACAGCUGCCGUUCCGAUGAUUUGGUAUGUGCUCUCGUUGCCGCUUUUCCAGAUGGGUAUUCGAGUAAUGAUGAUCUACCAGGAGAACGCGAUUCUGGGCUCGAUUAUGGCCUGGGAAUGGCAGUUGGCCAAAUGGGAUGGGUAUUUCAAGACGCCAGCAAUCGAUGCUCCACAACCAACUGGAUAUUAUCGCGAAGUCCAGCAAGACGACGACGAUGCCCUCGGUAUCAUCACCGGCCACGCCGACCCGUACGCCGGCGAAUUUGGCCGUGUUCGUCUCCGUCGCAGCGCCGCGCAACAU